CAGCUUCUCGUCAUCUUUUCAAAGCUCGCCAAUUGGAUACAACUGUGCCUGAAGUCAACAAAGCAUCAAGAUGUCUCAUAAGGAUAUGGCCCGUCUCCAGCGGACAGUAAUGGAAGGCGUACGAAAUGUGAUACGAUCACAUUCGCUUCUAUUUUCGGCGACAGGAAAACCAGCAGCUCAGCAGACAUGGACUGAGUUGACGAAUGGCAUAACGGUCUUGCGAAGAACGCUUAGUAAACUCGAAGCGCAUGCAUACGACGUCCUGAUGACUCGUUUCGAAAAAGUGAACGUGAACAACUGUGGCCAAACGAAGAGAUCGCACAGUGGCAACUCAAGCGAUCCUAUCGACAAUGGAAGUCAAUCUGAGAAAAUCGGAGAUGUGAUGUGCAUGAAUGAUGGGUCGGAAGACGAGUUUGAUGUUGUGCAGCCAAUCAGCGAAAAAGAACUUGGCGAGGAAUGGUCAACAGUGAUUCGAACCAUCGCUAGCUCACUUCCACCUCCUCAAUAUUUCAAAAAAGGUGAUAGAUUUGUGGCAAAAGUGCUCAGUGCAAUUUCUCCCCUGGAAUUUUAUGUGAUCAAAGUUGCCCAUAUCAGCGUUUUGCGCGAGAUCGAACGCAUCUUGUCCUACUGCGACGAAAAGCUCUGCCGCCAUCCACUCUUGGACUCACAGUGUCGUCCAGAACAUGCUUGCUUAGUCAGAUUUGACGAUACCCUUGCAAGAGCUAAAAUCGGUCUUAGCGGAGCCUACGAAAUGCAGGUGUAUCUUGUGGAUUACGGUAGGUCGCUUUUUAUUGGACGAUCCCAGUGUUUUGCAAUGCCAAAGUGCAUUGCACAGUAUGCACCGCCACUUGCACACAAUUGCACAUUGAGCGAUGCGGACAGUCGCGCGCUGGACCAUGCUGCCGUGAAAUCAUUCCAUGAAAAAAUCGUCACUGCCAGCGAGCUCGUUCUCAGAAGUUACGGUGAAUCCCGACGUUCUCAUGGUGAAAUUGUCGACAUCAUCGGUUAAGUCGGAACGGUUCAAUCGCUAUCAUAUGUCCAUACCUGCGAUAUUGAUACGUACCCUUAAUCGAUUGUUUAAUUUGAUAUUUAGAUCGUUAGGGAGUCGUUAGUCGGAGGAGCCAGCUGUGUUAAUUGAUUGUAUUUGUAGUUUUUGUGUUUUAAAUGAAG